AUGGCUGCACUCAAACCUCUUCUUGAUGCCGAAUGUGGCACAACAAACCCGUUGAUUAAGUUAAGCCAAUUCUAUACACGUGAUAAUACACUUGUUACACAAGAUGGUCUUAUUAAACCAGCAACAAAUAAUUUUACUAGUGCGAAUCUAACUGGCGGAAGUAAUGCAACUAUUGAUGAACUUGUUAAUGAAUAUCAUCGGCCUAUAGCAGCACCAAAUACAUUUCAUCUUGAAGGUCUUUUAACCGGUUUACGUUUAGCUGAUGAUACUAUUGAUAAUACUAAUAAACAUGAAUAUGAAUGGACGACACAAUUUCUUGAUUCACUUACAAAUGAUUUUUCAUCUUAUUCAACAAAUACAAAGACAAAUAAUAAUUUUUCAUCAUCGAUGAUACAUCCAUUAUCAAAUCAACAAAUACAAACACCACAACAUGUAAUUAAUGAUUUUAAUAUUCAACAACAAUCACAAUGGAUGCCAUGGAAUGAACAAUCUUAUAUUCCUCCGACUUCAACUUUCUCGCUAAAUUCAAAUCCGACUUUUCUUGAUCAACAACCAUCAAAUGUCGAUGCAGCAUUUGACAACGAUACUGUCAAAGCUGCACAAAAUAUUUUUGCACUUUUACAAGAAACCCAGUUUGCAGCCGAUAGUGAGUUUAAAAAUUUCGUUGAAAAUGUAGCUGGCGGUAUUGGAGAAAAAUCCACCGUCGAUGCCAAGGAGCAAGAGGCUACAGGCGAGACGAAAGAUGUAACAGUAGAUACAUGGAUCAAUGAAUUUUCUAAUGAAUUAUCGAAUGAAAGUGAAUGGCAACAUGAUUGGGCAGCUGAUGCUGCUAAUUUAUCAUCACUAGACGAUCAAAUUCCUCGUUCACAAUCAUGGCUUCGUCAUCUUAUGGAUAAUGAUGAUAAUUAUUCUGAAUAUAAAUUUUCAAAAGCUAAUGUAUUUCUUGAUCAUUCAAAUCCAUUUGAAGAAGGUCUUAAACGUUUACAAGCUCAUGAUAUUGUCAAUGCAGUUCUAUUGUUUGAAGCUGCCGUCCAAAAACAGCCUAAUCAUGUUGAGGCAUGGCUUUAUCUCGGUAUAACCCAAAGUGAAAAUGAACAGGAUGGUCCUGCUAUAUGUGCAUUAAAAAAAUGUGUUGAACUUGAUCCAAAAAAUUUACAAGCUUAUAUAACACUAGCGUCAUGCUAUGCUAAUGAAAUGUUAACAAAUGAAGCACUUGAUUCUUUACGUAAAUGGUUAGCUAAUAAUGAAAAAUAUUCUCAUUUAUUAUCGAACCGUCGAUCACAAACAACAACAACUAAUGAACCAAGAUUGAUCGAUGAAUUGGCCUUUGAAGAUUUACAAGAACUAUUUCUACAAGCAGUUUCAUUAUCAAAUAAUCCAAAUGAUAUUGAUUCCGAUCUUCAAGUAUGUCUUGGUGUAUUGUUUCAUUUGCCUGGCGAUUAUGAUAAAGCAGCAGAAUGUUUCAAUACAGCCGUUCUUGCUAAACCCGAUGAUGCUCUAUUAUGGAACAAAUUGGGUGCAGCAUUAGCUAAUGGUGGUCAAAGUGAAAAAGCAGUUGAUGCUUAUUAUCAUGCAUUAACAUUAUCACCCGGUUUUGUACGUGCUCGUUACAAUCUAGGCAUAAGUUGUUUCAAUUUAAGUGCAUAUAAACAAGCUGUUGAACAUUUUUUAACAGCACUUAAACAACAAAGUGAUGGUAUUGGUCCACAAGGUACCCACGUGCAAAUGUCCGAAAAUAUUUGGCGUACAUUAGCAAUAGCUAUCGGUCAUUUGCAACGGCCAGAUUUAGAACAGAGCGUUGCAAAAAAAGAUUUAACUAAACUACUUGAUGAAUUCCAAAUUGAGUGA